AUGGAAAUGAUCACCCCUGCUGGCUGCCCAGGUCCCCGUCGCGGGGCGGGUGUACCCAUCUCCCAGCAGCUCACCCUGGAUGUCCUGCAGUCACCCCACUUUGCCCACAGCCAGGGACCGGCUGACGGGAGCACUGAGUAUUUUAUAACACGCAUCAUACGCUGUGUCCACUGGUUCACGUCCAUGUGUGCCUGGCGUCCCGCCCAGGUCCUGGAUGCCUCGUCCCUUAGUUUCAACACCAGGUUGAAGUGGUUUGCGAUCUGCUUCGUGUGCGGCAUUCUCUUCUCUAUCCUUGGUACUGGAUUACUGUGGCUUCCCGGGGGCGUCAAGCUUUUCGCAGUGUUUUACACGCUCGGAAACAUCGCCGCGCUGGCCAGUACGUGCUUUUUAAUGGGACCCAUGAAGCAGCUGAAGAAAAUGUUUGAAACGACAAGAUUGCUUGCAACAAUCAUCAUGCUUUUGUGUUUCAUACUUACAUUGUGCGCUGCUCUUUGGUGGCACAAGAAGGGCCUGGCCUUGUUGUUCUGCAUAUUGCAGUUCUUGUCGAUGACCUGGUACAGCCUGUCGUACAUCCCGUAUGCAAGGGAUGCAGUAAUUAAAUGCUGCUCUUCUCUCUUAAGUUGAAAAUGAGAAAUUCUUUGAAAAGAGCAUUGGAAGGACUGAUGUUGUGUUUUUGGUGAAGUACGCCUUUCCCGAUGCAGUAAUCACUCCCCCCUACAGCUGCCAUGACCGUCGUGACCGUUUUGUGUGCUGGCGGAAAGGCCACGCUUGAUUAAACUGUUAAACACUCGUAACGUGAAAUUCAUGAUGUGUCGUUAACGUGCUCUCCCCGCAGAUUAGGAGCUUUUAAUCUCUGCCAAUUGUAAAUGAUUUUUUCCCUGGUUUUUUAACCUUUUCUAAGCAGCAUCUAAGAUGUGAAUAUUUAAGACUGUGCCGCAAGCUCUUUUAAAAAUGUCUGUUUUUAAAGUA